CCGUCACCACCUUCAAUCCCUCACCUUUCUCGCCCAUCAUGGCACCCCUCAUCGCUUCGCAGGAGGAACUCCAACGUAGACGGAUCGUCGAUAUCAAUCCCGAGACCGUCUCCAACUUCGCUUCGACAGAUUUCCCCGGUCACUGGCCUGGCGAGUCUCACGAAUGGAACCUGGAGAAGUUCCGUGAUAACUUCCAAGUCGAAUUCCACCGGAACGACCAAUUCGAAGCUUCGUUCUCGCUGAUCGGCCUCGAUGCAUCCAUCGCCAAUGCAUUCCGUCGCAUUCUCAUGGCCGAGGUCCCCAGCAUUGCCAUCGAAUUCGUCUUCGUCCACAACAACACCUCCGUCAUCCAGGAUGAGGUGCUCGCUCAACGUCUGGGUCUGAUUCCUCUCAAGGGCUCCGUCGAGGGUAUCAAUUGGAUGCGCUGGUUCAAGAAGCCCACCGAUGACGACCCGGAGGGCGGCAGCACCCCCAGCGACUACAACACGAUUGUUCUGCGCCUGGACGUCACGUGUGAAAAGAACCCCAAUGCGGAUCCCAAGGAAGACGACCCCCGCAAGCUCUACAAGAACGCCCACAUCUACGCCAAGGACAUCACUUUCCACCCCGUCGGUCGUCAGGAGCAGUUCUUCGUGGGCGACGACGCCAUUCAGCCCGUGAACCCUGACAUCCUGGUCGCCAAGCUCCGCCCCGGUCAGAAGAUUGAUAUGGAACUUCACGUCAUCAAGGGCAUUGGGGCGGAUCAUGCCAAGUUCUCGCCGGUCGCGACCGCCACGUACCGUCUCCUCCCCCAUAUCAACAUCCAGCGUCCCAUCAUCGGCGAGGAUGCUAGGAAGUUCGUCAAGUGCUUCCCCGCCGGUGUCAUUGGUCUUGAGCAGGUUACCCGUGAGGAGGCUUCGCAGAAGGGAAGCGGAUACGAAGGUCACGAGGGCGAGAUGAAGGCGGUCGUGCGUGAUGCCUUCAAGGAUACCGUCAGCAGAGAGUGUCUGAGACACGAAGAGUUCCAGGGCAAGGUGAAGCUCGGUCGCGUUCGUGAUCACUUCAUCUUCAACGUGGAAAGUGUCGGCCAGUUCGACAGCGACGUUCUGUUCUUGGAGAGCGUGAAGGUCCUGAAGCUGAAAUGCGCGAGAUGGAAGCGGGGCCUUGUUGACCUUGCGCGCUGAUUCGGUCUUCCUCGUUCACCCCUCGUCGUAAAAUGAUUUGAAGCUAUAUAAUGCAUUGGCCAGGCGUUGGAUUUUUUUGUUGUGCUCGUGCUUUGUUCUCUGCGUUUGUACAUUUACGAAAAGUUGGUCACUCAACCUUCUUUACACUUGUCGGGAGUCUGGACAGGGAAACUACUUCGAGAUAGAAAAAGCAG